AGGCUGUAAACGCAUCAGUCCAGUACAGGUGGAGACAUGGUGCAGCUGUACUGUUGGGGAGACAGCUCCAGGGGACAGUUUGGUCCACAGACAGCCCUCAGUCCGGUGUCCUGGACUGACGUCCCCGGGGUUAUAACCGACAUCUGCUGUGGGGACGAGCACACUUUAUUCCUCACCAGGGAUGGAGGGGUUUUAUCAUGUGGACACAACUCACAGGGUCAACUUGGACGAACGAAAUGUAAAAAUGGAAGAACACCAGGUCGUGUGGAGGGGUUGGGUGAUGUGGUGUCGAUGGCUUGUGGUCGGGACCAUUGUCUGGCUGUGUGUACAUCUGGACAGGUGUUCUCCUGGGGGGCAGAAGAGGAUGGACAGCUAGGCAUGUUACCGCAGCUACUGUGCAACCAUCACAGACCAAGUCGGGUGCCUAUACCACUGCGAGUACCCGUGAUUCAAGUUGCUUGUGGAAGCUCCCACUCCCUGGCACUGACUAAAGGAGGAGAUGUCUUCUCGUGGGGUUUGAACAGUCAUGGCCAGCUAGGCCUGGGGAAGGAGGUGUCACUGCAGUAUACACCUGUCCUGGUGAUUGCUCUGACCGGCGUAGCGGUGACCCAGAUUUCAGCCGGAGCGACCCACACUCUGUUCCUCACACUCCCAGGCCUGGUGUACUGCUGUGGGGCCAACAAAUCUGGCCAGCUGGGGCUCAACAGGGUGGAUGAGAAGGGCAGGUUCAACAUCUGUAUGGUACCUGCCCUCCGACCUCUGGGUGUCUCCUUCAUAAGCUGUGGAGAGGCACACUCUGCUGUGUUAACAAAGGAUGGCCAGGUUUUCACUUUUGGAGAGGGACGCUACGGUCAGCUCGGUCACAACUCCUCUGCUGAUGAAGUGAAACCCAGACUGGUUGAAGGUCUGGAUGGACCCACCUCACAGAUUUCAUGUGGCAGAUGUCACACUCUGGUUUUGGGCUCCUCUGGCCAACUGUGGGCUUUUGGCAAUGGGACCAAAGGUCAAAUUGGGACUGGACGACCAGAGGACAGUCUGAGUCCCACUCUGGUACAACUUCCAUGGACCACAGACAGUGCAGCAGCCUUACCCAAAGCAGACUUGAAAAUAUCGGCUGGGUGGAAUACAAACUUCACUUAUGCUUCACCUACAAAGAGCUUGGACCGAGGUCAGAUAACUGGGCGGCUUGAUGAGACCAAACUGCAAAAAUGGCUGUCAGUGAGACAUGGCAACGCAGAGGCAAAGAGAGAAAUAGUUUCAAUGUUUUUCACAAGUUCAAGUCUUGUUGCAAGUUUCACGAAGGCCAAUGGGCCUCCAUCAGAAGCAGGUGCCUUAACUGUGGACCUUGAGACAGCUAGCCGAGCUUUCGACAAGCUGCUGGCAAUACCAUGGAUCAAACAAUCAGUACACCUAAACGUCCUGAUGGACUUGCUUGUCCUUUCAAGAACUGCCCUAAAAUCACCAGAGAUCCUCCUGAUUCUGCUGACGUGCCCCCUUCUCCAAGAGGACUCUAAUGUCAUGAACAUUGUGUUGCCGUUGGCUAUCGUUAUUGCAGAAAUGAAUGAGAAGAAUCAGGAAACACUAAAACGCUGGUGGUCUUCCCUGACACCCUCCACACUAACGAAGCACAUCUUGGUGUUCAAAAAUGCCUUGGCCUUCAUGCUAAAAAAUGGCCUCCUGGCAACUCACAACCCAGGAGUCAAAUUCCUGCUGGAAGUCCUCAAGCUGCUCUACAAAGCAAACAAAGCUGGAAAGUCCUACAAAGUCCCACUGAGCACCUUUUACGUUGAGGAAAUCAAUAGUAAUGUGCAGCCAACGGAGGACGUCACUCUUUGGCAGGCAUUUUCUGGAGUGGAGGAUGACGUCAACACACCCGCCAUUUUCUGCCGCUACCCAUUCCUGUUCACUCUGGUUUGCAAGGUGGCAAUCUUUAACAUCUUUGCAUUGAUAAUGAAGGAAGCGCACAAUAUAAUUCAUGAAUGGGCUUUGAGGUGGCCUGAUCAAUUGUGGGUAGAUCCCCCAGACUCUGUCCCGGCUCCGGUCUUCCUGCUCACUCUGAGACGAACUCACCUGGUCGAGGACACCUUCAGACAGCUCGGUACAGCCGACCACUGCGCCUUCAAAAGGAAGCUUCUGGUACAAUUUGUGGAUGACAGGAAGGUGAUGAAUGUGAACCAAAGGGACUUCUUCCUGCAUGUGUUCGAUGAGCUGAAAGCUCCCGAAUCUGAAAUGUUCAUGUACAACGAGAGAGAGACUCUGGCCUGGUUCCCUCCAAGGCCGAAAGUGGAGGAGAAGACAUACUUCCUGUUUGGCGUUCUGUGUGGCCUGGCCCUCUAUAACCACAACAUCAUCCACCUGCCCUUCCCACUGGUUCUCUUCAAGAAGCUGCUUAACUUCAAACCCUCACUGGAUGACAUGAGGGACUUUGAACCUGUAGUGGGAGAGUCUUGGCGGUGCAUGAUGGAGGACUACACUCCUGAUGAAGUUAAAAACCUGGAAACUACUUUCACUGUGAGCUGGGGUGGUGAGACCGUUGAGCUUGAUCCCACAGAAACUGGAAAACUUGUCACGUGGUCAAACAGGAAGGAGUUUGUAGCCGCCUUUGUCGACUAUGCCUUCAACAAAUCGGUGGAGGGAGUGUUCGGAGCGUUCAAGAGAGGGUUCUUCAAGGUGUGUGACAUCAACGUGGUAGAGUUCUUCCAGCCGGAGGAGUUGCAAGUAGUGAUGGUGGGCCAAGAAAACUACGACUGGGAGGCGUUCAAGCAGAACACAGUUUAUGAAGGAGACUACCACGCUGAGCAUCCAAACAUCGUGACCUUCUGGGAGGUGUUUGAGAAAAUGACAGCAGAGGAAAAGAAAAAAUUCCUUUUGUUCCUCACAGGCUGCGACCGUGUACCCUUCCUGGGUAUGGAGAGCAUCAAGAUGAGAGUGGCUGUCUUGCCCGAUUCCACUGACCUCCACUUGCCAGAAUCCCUCACCUGUCAUUGUCUGUUAUUACUGCCAACCUACCAGAGAUACCCAGUCGAGAGGACAAUGCAGACCAGGCUUCUUCAGGCCAUCAAUCACAAUAGAGGCUUCUGGAAAGAAGACCCUACAGGCUGAAGUUACGAAGGCUUCUUUAAAAACACCCUAUAUUGUUUCCAGUUAAUUUUGGUGCUUUUGUAGCUCUACAAUCUGUCAAAUGUAGCAGUUUUUUUUUCUAAAUGUAGACACUGCUAUAUUAAUGUUAAAGUAAGUUUUAACUUGGGAUCCAUAGUGAUAUUGGUUAUGUAGAUGGACUUAGCAGCCCAUGUGCUGUCAUUUAGUAGUUUAGUAGAAAUACAUGUAUUUGUUUUUAAUUUCACUUGAUGUUGAUGCCACUUGCACUUGUUAAAUGCUGAAGUCCAGUUUGAAAAUGUUCUUCAAUAGCGCAGUCUAGAGUUAUUUAACUAUUAGAGUUAGAACCAAUGUUUCCACAUACUUAUUCAGCUUUGUCAAGUCACAAACCAAAAUAUGCACAAGUAGGAACAAUUGAAAGGAAGUAAAUACAUCCUGAAUGUACACCAGAAUGCAUACAGGAAAUAAAAUCACUGGUAUUAAGUAUCCAGAUCAUGUGACAGAGGGGUGGAUAUUGGACCAAAUCAUUUUUCACUUCAGUAUACAGUAUAUAAAACCAGCAGUUAGGCCACUGCCAUUGCUUUCAGUCACUGCUACACGUCUGCUUAGAUCCACUAUACUGAGAUGACAACCUCACUUUUUUGACACUUUAUAUCAUGACAUUGUUAGCAUUAAGUACUCUCGUUAUACAAGCUUAAAUCUUAAGCAAAUAUUUAGUCUCAAAAAAACUAAACUGUGUGUAAUUCAAUAAAUCAGUUAUUUUCUUGCCCUUUGUACCUUAAUAACCUAGUAAAUAAAUGUGUUUCUCUGGAA